AUGAUCGCGGCGCCCCGCGAAUUCCGUUGCCAAUCCCUGAUUGUUUUUGGCGACAGCCUCUCAGAUGAUGGAGUUGAAGCUGUUGGCGAAUCUCAUGGCUUCACUCGCAACUCAAAUGGCAAAAUUUGGCCAGAAUAUGUAGAAAAGAUGCUCCAAUGCGAUGAGUACAUAAAUUAUGCCUAUAGCGGGGCAAAGAGUAGCAUAGAUAACUUCUACUUUGAUGGAUGGUCCGGUGUCAGUUGGCAAGUGCAACGAUAUUUGGAAAAUCAUCUGUAUUUCAAUGGUGAGCCUUUGAUAAUUUUCCAAACAGGAGGUGUCGUCGACUACUUUACUGGAGAAAAAGAUGCGACUACUGUAAUUGCAAAUAUCGAAGCUAGCAUAGAAAAUGUCACAAAGACUAUGAACUCUGGAACGCUUUUCGUUUUAACGCUACUGGAUCUUGGCAGCUCGCCAGGAGUACGCGCUGCAGAAGAAAGUGCAGAUCUACAGCAAAGACUCGGCGAACUUGUAGCUGAGACAAAUAGGGUAAGCGAUAAAAGCCCAACAGCUCCUGACCAAAUGAAAUCAUGUUUGGGAGAAGUUUUUCGCAUUUAUGUCCAACUGCCCAAUUUCGGGGACGUGGGUCCCUACGCAAUUCUAAACAUUUUUCGCAAAAAUGGGUAA